GCGAGAGCGCAUUGUUCGGGAUGAGGCUGCGGGGAGGCGGCUCCGGGGGCCCCGGGUACUUCGUGCUGCUGCUGGCCGGGCUGGCGGACGGGCUUUUUGUCACUGAUUACUUCACUCGGACUCCCCGGAAGCUGAACCCUUUCCGUUCCGUGGGCAGCGUGGAACUCUUUCACUUCCACGUCCCGGAGGACACGGUCAUCGCUGUGUGGAACCUGAUCACCUUCAAGGAGCAAGGGGGCACCUUUGGGGAUAACUGCCCCGACCGCAGCGUCACGGUGUAUUUCCGAGCCGGAGCGCCCCCUGUCAUCAACCCUCUAGGUGCUCACUUUCCACGAGACACGGCCGUCCCCGGGUCAUUUACACUCACACUUACGUGGACUUUACCAAACAGAACCACCGGCAUCUUCAACAUCACCAGCCCUCUCCCCGGGGACUGGUUCUUGGCGGCUCAUCUCCCAAAGGACAAGGGGAAGAUAACCAUCAAGGGGUUACACGAUGAAUGCCAGUACUUGUUCCAGCCCCAGCUCAUUGUCCAGAGGGCCGUCGGUGUGCCGGUGCUGUACCCGGGACACGUCACGGAGCAGAUGCUGCCGGCUUACAAUCGCUCUGCCCUGUACAAGGUAUUUAUUCCCCAGUUCACCUCGGGGUUGGCCGUUCGCCUCCUGGGAUGCCGCGCCGGGCUGCGCAUGUCUGAUGGCUGCCCCCUGCUCCUGAGACUCCGUGCCAAGGCCCCCCCUCUGCACAACUCGUCCAGCCAGGACUGCCCCUCCCCCGCGGGGUGCCAGCUGCUCCUGCCCCUGCCCCUGUGGCAGCACUGGUACUACGUGCUGGUGGAGAGAACGGGCUCCGCGGGCUCCGCCAUCUACUUCCAACUCACCGCCCAGCUGCAAGACUGUUCCCGUCCUGGCCUGUCUCGGGCUUCUAACAGCCCCAACUCUGCUCUGAACAUGCCUCAGUCGUUCGGAGCGGCGGGUGGUCUGGCUUCGUUAGAGGGUCUUCCCUCCCCGGGCGUCUCUCUGCUAACGGGUAACGUGUCCUGGGCGGACAGCACCAUCCUCCUGCCGUCCUGCUGGCCGAUCCGACCCACCCUGAGGAACGAGCUGGACACGUUCUCCGUCCACUUCUACAUAUUCUUCGGCCCCAACGUGUCCGUUCCCCCCGAGCGGCCGGCCGUGUUCAGCAUCAACCUCCUGCCCGUGCUGGACAGCGGGGGCGUCCUGAACCUGGAGAUCAGGCUGAACAGCUCCUCUGCCCAGGGGGAGAACCUCACGGUGUUCGGAUGCCUGAAUCACGGGGUCCCUCUGCUGUCCGGAGACAACACCUCCGUCACCUGCAUGACAGACUCCCUGUCUGGCUUUGCUCUGUCCGUGAACACGUCGGAUCCCGUGAGCCGUCUCCGGAUUCCGUACCCUCAGACCGGGACGUGGUAUCUCAGUCUGCGCUCUCUUUGUACCUCGGAACACGGGUGGCGUUCGUGCGGUAACGUCAGUGCUGAGCUGAACCUGCGUACCUACCUGUCUCCGUGUAUCAACGAGUGCGGCCCCUACGGACAGUGCAAACUCCUUCGAACCAACAACUACCUGUACGCGGCCUGCGAGUGCAGAGCAGGCUGGAGCGGCUGGGGCUGCACGGAUAACGCUCAGGCCUUCACGUAUGGAUUCCAGCUCCUCUCCACGUUGCUCCUGUGCCUCAGCAACCUCAUGUUCCUGCCCCCUGUCCUCAUCGCCCUGCGCAGCCACUACCUCCUGGAGGCGUCCGUCUACAUAUUCACCAUGUUCUUCUCCACGUUCUAUCACGCCUGCGACCAGCCCGGGAUUGUGGUCUUCUGUAUCAUGGAAUAUGACGUUCUCCAGUUCUGUGACUUCCUGGGCUCCCUCAUGUCGGUUUGGGUGACCGUCAUCAGCAUGGCAAGACUGCAGCCCAUCAUCAAACAGGUGCUGUAUUUGCUGGGGGCGAUGCUUCUCUCUAUGGCUCUGCAGCUUGAUCGCCACGGCUUGUGGAACCUCCUGGGGCCCAGCCUGUUCGCUGUGGGCAUUAUGGCGGUUGCCUGGACUUUCAGGACCAUCCGCAGGCGACACUGUUACCCCCCCACGUGGAAGCGCUGGCUCUUCUACCUCUGCCCGGGGAUACUCAUCGCCAGCUCCGCCGUGGCCCUCUAUGCCUUUGUCGAGACAGAGGAAAACUACUUCUAUAUCCACAGCAUCUGGCACAUGCUGAUUGCAGGGAGCGUGGGGUUCCUCCUGCCGCCACGUGCCAAGCCCGAUGGGAGAGUGGCCCCUCUGGCCCGGAGGAAGGGCUGCGGGUACCACCUGUGCGUGAACGAGCAGGAGGAGCUGGGUCUGGUGGAUCCUGGAUCUGUCUCCAUAAACAGCAUCUGCACCAGUUGACACGGAAGCUGAACGCAGGGAGGGACGGACUCCCGUCUGAGGGUCCCGUGGGGGUAUCGGGCUUGUGGAUGCCCACCUCCAGACUCAUUGGGACAGAGAAAAGGGGAAAUUCCUGGGAUGCAUGUGAUUGGACAAUAGCUGUGGCUGACCGCCGUGGCCCUUUGGAUUUAGGGGGAUUUCUCCAGGAACGCUUCUUUAUUAUUAUAACGAUCGCAGUUACCUCUCAACACCGGAAAUACGUGCUUUAUUAUCUUCUUAAUACCGCGAGCGUGGCCCGCGGGAGGGACGGCAGCAGAAAGCUUUCUACCUACAGGCAGAGGGUUGGACCUACAACCGGCAGGCAGGCAGAGAGUUAUCCCCACCACCGGCAGACACGAAGAGAGUUAUCACUACCACCGGCAGACAGGGAGAUGGUUAUUCCUACCGCCGGCAGACAGGGAGAUGGUUAUUCCUACCGCCGGCAGACAGGGAGAUGGUUAUUCCUACCGCCGGCAGACAGGGAGAUGGUUAUUCCUACCGCCGGCAGACAGGGAGAUGGUUAUUCCUACCGCCGGCAGACAGGGAGAUGGUUAUUCCUACCACCGGCAGACAGGGAGAUGGUUAUUCCUACCACCGGCAGACAGGGAGAUGGUUAUUCCUACCACCGGCAGACAGGGAGAUGGUUAUUCCUACCGCCGGC